CCGACGGACCGUUUCAGCUGCAACACAGAACUGUCAUGUUGCCGAAUGUUGUUAGCCUGCUGCAGCAGUGACUUAGUUCUUUGUCGAAACGAUAUUCUGAAUGCAAUGUAAGAUUCGAGCAAGCGAGAAUAGAGUGGCUUUACAUGUAGAAAACAGGUUGAACAGGUAACGUUAGCGUCUCACGCAACGGAUGAUUUGAAGCUUAAAACAUGGCUAGGUUCAUGAGUAGACUAUGGUGUAAGGUGGAGUCAACCGGUCGCCAUUUGCCUAUCGUUCUGAACGCAUUUCUGGUGUUCUCCAUCACUGCCGAGGUCAGCUAUCUGGUGCUGGUGGAGGCUCCUCUUGAACCAGCAGAGAAGAAGACAGAGUGGUGCAACAUAUGGAAGGCCAUGCAUCUCUUCGCUCAGUACUUCAUGCUAGGAAAUAUUACCUGGAAUGCUUUGUUGUUUGUAAAAACUAACCCAAGUAUCCGCGGAGUGUUUCUUGGAGGGGAUGCAUUGGGCCAAGGGUGGAGGUACUGCUACAACUGUGAGACACACACUCCUCCACGAUGCUCGCACUGCUACGAUUGCAACGUGUGUGUGUUGCGUCGUGAUCAUCACUGUGUGUUUUUUGGCCAGUGUGUCGGUUUCCACAAUUACCGGUAUUUCCUGACCUGUUUGCUCUUCAUGUGGGCAGGGCUGCUCUAUGCAGUAGUCAUGAAUGCUGAGGUCUUCAUUGUCAUCCUAAAGGAGGGUGUCACUUUUCACAGUGUCAUGCUUUUGCUUGUGCCCUGGAUCAUGCUCGUCUCGGGACAGGUGACGGCGAGAGCGUUUGCUUUUGCAUUCAUUGCUGACACUUGUGUAGUGGGCUUCCUACUGGUUGCUGCCUUCCUCUUCUUUCACGUGAUUCUGAUGCUGAGGGGACAGACCACACGUGAGUGGUACUCCACCCGGCAGCCUUACAGCCUGGGAGUGCUGGCCAAUGUCAGGGAAUGCCUGGGCAAGUACUGGUACAUCUGCUGGCUCUGUCCAUUGAUACCUUCCCCGCUUCCAGGAGACGGCAUAAACUUCAAGGUGACUGGUUUACUUGAGCACAAGAAGUAGGGUGCGCACUAGGUUUUUUCUCAUUGCAAUUUCAUUACAUUGGCCCAGCUGAUCCAGAAGGGCAUGUUGUUGAGCCUGCGGCAGCAAUUGCAUGCUGUUCUCAAACCAAACAAUUAGCAGCUCUUUUUUUUAUCUGAAGAACCAGCCAGAAAUCCUGAUUUCUAAUUUCACUUUACAAUUGUUUUUCUUCAUUGCACCAGUGUUAUUGGUUUUAAUUGGUGUCAAUUUGGUGGAUGUCAAGUAUAUAAUUUUAAAUAUUUUAUAAUGCAUUUUGGUUUUGGUUCUAUUGUGCAAUCUUUGCUUUUGUAAAGCAAACUUUUUUUUUGAAAAGGGAAAUAUUUUAAUAUCAAAAUGGUAUGCUCUUUUAUUUAAUUUGCUCUUAAUGUUUUACUGUCAUUGAUGUGCCAAAUAAUCUAUUCAAACAAAUGUGAAUGUGCUUUAUGCCAGGCUGACCUUUUUUUGUCCUGAAUUAUACAACAAAUGUAAUUUUGUUUGUAUGGCACUGAAUAUUGUUUACCUUCAGUUUAAUGUUUAACUAUAUAUUUUUUUGUUUUGUCUUUC